AAAACCGGCAGUGCUUCAACCCACUCGAUGGCUCGAGGCCUAGUCCUCUGUUCACAUACCAGAACCAUCGUCAACCUUUCCUUUUCACUUCUCAAUCCCCGCUGCCGCCGUCACCUCCGUUAUGAUGGAUCUCGAAAUAUACCUUCGAAGCUCGUCUUUUGCCAUUGCGCUGGCUCCCUAAUGAUAAACUUAGUAGACAUGGCCACGUACAAUGAAGCUUUCUCCAGGAAAAUGGCCAUGGCCGGAAUCAAACACCAUAACCGUAUUGCUCUAGGUGUAUCUGGGGGACCGGAUAGCAUGGCGUUGUGUGUUCUAGCAGCUAAUUGGAAAACUGAAGUUCAAUAUGGGGUUGACAACAGUGGGAAAUUCAUUGAUAGUCUUUUGGCAAUAAUUGUUGGUCACGGGCUAAGUCCAGAAAGCAAAGAUGAAGCAAAACUAGUGGGAAUUCGGGUUUCAGAAAUGGGUAUAUUUUAG